ACAUUCCACUCCAUUGUAAACAUUGCCGGUUUUUGGUGGCGCACAUGCUGCUGCUGAUUCACGCAUUUCCUCAGCGAAAAGUUCCAAAAUGUCCAUCGAAACGAUCUAUACAUCGGCCGCCUGUAAUCGAACGCCGGAUUCGUUAGAUUGGGGGCAAGAUGGGUUGAUUUACUUUGCCGCUAGCCACGCCAUUGCCGUGUUCGAUCCAAAGUACCAAGGUUCGGUUAAAAUCAUUCGCACGUUGGUCGGCCACAAAGCAAGGGUAAACACGGUACGUGUAGUUCGCGCUGCAAUAGAAUGCCACGGUAGUAUUCAUCUGGUUUCGGGUUCGGAUGAUGGCACAUGCAUACUGUGGAAUACCAAGCAGGAUGGAGCUGAAGCUAAUCCUGCACGAUUUGUUCUGAACGGACAUUUGAAGGGUGUGACGGUGGUUGAUGCAUUCGUUGAUGCAGCGAAAAAUCUGAUCGUUGCCACCGGAUCAGUUGAUAGUUCGAUCAAAUUGUGGCAUUGUGUGAAUGAAUCAACCUUCGAAUGCUUUCAAACGAUCGACUUACGAUCGGGACUCACGUUCGCCAUGAAGUUGCUCAGUUUACCGCGAUCGAACGCCACCAUGCUUGCGUUCGCGACCGACACGGACGUGGUGAACCUUUGUGUCCGUCAGGAAGAAAACUUUGUACAGGUGGAACAACUGAAGGGCCACUUUGAUUGGGUGCGUGGAUUGGAUUGCGUUCAGCUGCCGGAUAGCGACGACUGGUUGUUGGCCACCUCGUCCCAGGAUACCUUCAUUCGUUUGUGGCGCAUCUCACCGAGAGAAUCGUUGCAGAAGCAAAAAGAUUUUGAAGAAAUCCGUCUCGAUGAGGAUAUAACGAUCGAGGAGCGUACGUUUACUGUUCGCGCGGUGGACGGUAGCGAAUAUCAUUAUGCCCUUUCGCUGGAAUCCGUACUGCAGGGGCAUGAAGGAUGGGUGUAUGGAGUGCAUUUUUCCUUACACAACAGUAAGCUUCACCUGCUUUCGAGCUCGAUCGAUAAGAGCCUUAUCGCUUGGACACCGUCAGAGAGUGGCGUGUGGGUGGAAAGUGUUCGAGUGGGUGAGGUUGGUGGAUCAUCGCUAGGGUUUUAUGGAGGGAAAUUUUCACCCAACGGAAAGUCCAUCAUUGGACAUGGGUUCCAGGGUAGUUUCCAUCUGUGGCACGAGGACGACGAACAGCGCGGACUGUGGAAUCCGGGAACCAUUUUGGGAGGCCACUUUGGCGGGGUACGAGAUCUUGCCUGGGAUCCUGUCGGGGGGAUGUAUGUGAUUACGCUGUCCGCCGAUCAAACUACCCGGAUACAUGCACCGUGGAACAGAAAGGGCGAAGUUACGUGGCACGAGAUUGGACGGCCCCAGGUGCACGGCUACGACAUGCAAUGUUUGACGCUGCUUUCACGCUAUCGGUUAGCCAGUGCGGCAGAGGAGAAGAUAAUAAGAAUCUUUCAAGCGCCAUCAAAUUUCGUGGAAAACUUUAGAGCACUUUGUGGUGUUGCGAGCGAUCCGGAGGGAGAUGCUGUUAUUGAAAGUAACCCUAUGGGAGCAUCGGUCCCAUCGUUGGGACUGUCCAACAAAGCGGUAUUUGACGUCGAGCAGCCGGAACCGGAUAAGCGCCACAUCAAGGACAUGUAUCCGGAACAUUACUUCAGCCCGAUCGCACUGGAGUCCCCACCGGCCGAGGAAACGUUGAUGCAAAACACACUUUGGCCCGAAAUUCAGAAACUAUACGGACACGGAAACGAACUCUACGCGAUCGCAUCCUCGCCCGACGGAAGCCUCAUCGCAUCGGGAUGUCGUGCAACGUCAGCGAACCAGGCACAAAUUUUACUCUGGGACACAGCAUCUUGGCGCAUUCUGCAACACCUCACCGCACAUCAGCUCACAGUUACACAGUUAGCAUUCUCACCGAACGGUCAAUUCCUGCUGGCAGCGUCACGUGAUCGGACGUUUUCCGUGUUUCGCCGUGAGGAGAUGGCCGGUUCGUUCGAGUUGGUUAUGCGUUCGGACAAAACGAAAGGUGUGCAUACGCGUAUUAUUUGGUGCUGUGACUGGUCGCACGAUUCGGAGCUUUUCGCAACAGGAUCCCGGGAUGGGAAGGUGGUUGCGUGGAUUGGAGCUGAACAGGAACAGCAGCAGGGCGCUUCUGCGGCACCAUUUGUACAACGCUCCGUUUUGGAGCUUAAGAAUGAAUCAAUUACGGCGGUCGCGUUUGGCAGAAAGAAGCUCCAGGACGAUCGGUACCUGGUGGCAGUUGGUUUGGAGAGUGGUGUGAUUAAACUGUACGGUUUGGGUCAGUGGGAUCUGCUGGUCAACAUUUCUGAAGCGCACGCACAUCAUAUGACGGUUAAACGCCUAUCAUUCCGGCCACACGAGGAGAGUCACCAGCUAGCAAGCUGUGGAGAGGAUGGAUUGGUUCGGGUGUAUGGAUUGAAGUUGUAGAAGGGAGGAACAAUUAUUAUAAAUAAAGUACUUUUAUGUUCCGAGGUACGUGGUGAAA